AUGGCGCACCACCAGGUCCUGGUGUCAUCAGGGCAGCCCAGCGGACAGCCUGCAGCCAUUGACACCAACAAAGACGUUGGAGCUCAGGAUAGUGAGAAAGAGGACUUCAGAGUGACUGCCGUUGAGCCGGCAUAUGGUCUCCGGUCGGGGGGCUAUGCAGUGCUCAUCAGGGGCAGAUACUUUGGUCCAAUGGGAUCAUCCCUUCUGGCAACGAUCGGCGACGUUCCUUGUAAUGAGACCCGCUGGCUAAGCUCCGAAGCCCUGCACUGCCUGGUUCCGUCUGGCAGGGGGGUCAAUCUGCCAGUAAAAGUGCACCUCUGUUUGUGCCAAAACGUCGAUCCUUCCAAAAACGUCGAGGGGUCGGGCCGCGGUCUUCCGACAUCGCGCGUCGGAGAAACGGUUUCAGGCACGCAAGUUACGUUCUCGUAUGAGGAGGAUGCCGUUAUAGCUGCGACCAAGCAUCUCGAUAUGGGCUGGACCGAUUCACCAAUAUUACUGCACAGAGGCCUGCUCAAAGAAGAAUUGAGCAAGGCUUCCAAGCUGCUCAGCGCAAAGGAGAAUCAGUUGCCCGAUGGAAGUGAGGAGGAAAGCACGCGGGUAUUCCUCGAGCAGCCGCAACGCAUCCCUUAUGAGUUCCGGAACAAGAGCUCAGGCCUUAUUGACACCUUUAUGGUUGCCCCGGCCAUGCUCAAGCUCCUACCGUCCGUCGAUAGUCAAGCACGCUAUGCGUCCUGCGCCGUCAUGGGUCAUUCUGGAGCGUUGAUUGGUAGCCGGCUGGGGCCGUUGAUCGACGGCCACGAAGCCGUCUUCCGCUUUGACAACGCGCCCACCAUUCCGCGGUAUGGACCGGACGUCGGCGAGAGAACCACGUACCAGGUUUUGGACCACCGGUGGGCGCGCGUGCUCAUCGGCGCGAGCAGUGACCGGCCCGACCACAUCCGCGAGGUCGCGCGCUGGUGGUCCGACACAGCGUCCGUCGUCCUCUGGGCGCCUGUCAAGUUCUUGUCGCCCGAGUUUGUGUCCACCGUCCAAGCCACGACCCUCCGCCUGCGCCGCGUUCUGGAGUCGAUUCUCCUCCCGGGCGCGCCCCCCGAGGAUGAGCGCGCGCAGGACGCGGCCGCGCGCGCACUCGAGUGGAGCGCCAACGCGGCGCCGACCUCGCUGUUCAAGACGGUCGCGCUCGCGACGCGCGCGUGCGACCAGGUUACUUUGUAUGGUGUUUACGGCCCGUGUAUCGCCACCAAGAAGACUUGCCACUGGCGAUACUUCGACGAGCGGGAGCCAACGGAACCGGAACGACGACGGACGGAAUGGGAGGAAACCAUACUCUUAGCUCUAGAAAGGGCGGGUUACCUUAACAUAACCGCCUUCGGCAAAACGGAGGGCCGGAAGGCGGGCUACGUCGAAGGGGCGCGCGUCGGGUUGUCCCCACAAACGGAAACGGAAAGGGAAAAGGAAACGGAAUUGAGGAGCAACAUGAACAGAACCGAUGAGCAGUCUCGGCGACAAAACACGAGCGCCGCACUGGCGGAGUGUCGCCAAAAGGCGUGCCUUCCGUCCUGCGGGUCCCACGGAACGUUCCGCGACGGAAAGUGCGUGUGCGACUCGAUGUACAGCGGAACGGAUUGCGCGGAAAGCGUGUUGCUAUCGAAGGGGAGAAACAUACUGGACGGCUUGGAUUUGCGGUACAAGGGCCCGAUGAGGAUGAAUCGGGAGGAGGUAGAGGAAACUAGAGACGGGAAGCUGGUGAUCAAAGUGCCCGAGGGGACGGCCGGAAACCACACCUUUGACGGCGACCAAUACCAGGUCGGCCGCCGUUUAUUCUCGUUGCUCCCCGCGACAGACCACCGCCCGCGCUUCGGCUCGUGCGCCAUCGUCGGCAACUCGGGGUCUAUGCUCGUCACGCGGCGCGGCCGCGCGAUCGACGCGCACGACAUGGUUUGGAGGUUUAACCAGGCGCCCGUGCAGGGGUUUACGCCGUACGUGGGCAGUAAAACGGACUUCGAGAUGCUGAACAGCGCGUGGGUUAAGCAGCUGCUCGAGGGCGACGACGCGGCCGUCGCGCAGUUCGCGCACAUAGGUUGGUGGCGCGGUCUUCCUUCCCCGGGGGAAGAGAACGGCCCCCCCGGGUGGAUUUGGCGCGAGCCCAAUUCCACGAUCGUGCUGUACGAAAUGUUCGACCCCGCGCAAUUUCCGUUCCGCGACGCGUUCCAAAUCGACUUCAAGCAGAAGUGGUGGCGCGCGAACUACGCGAAGAUGCGCGCGCUCUACCCGCGCCGCGCGAUUAUCUCGCUGUCGCCUCAGUACGCCACGUGGGCGCACAACGUGUACAAGGCGCUGCGCGCGCGCUUCGAGGGCGCGGGGUUUGGGGUGUUCGGCGGGGAGAAGCCGAUGUCGGGGUUCUACGCGAUCCUGUACUGCUUGCAGGUCUGCAACAGCAUCGACGUCUACGGCUUCACCCCUUAUCGAGACGAAGACGUUCUGGACCCCCUCGCUCUGCAGUACCAUUACUUUGACCUGGCGCGGCCGCGCGUCGGGUCGCAUUCGUUCGACAUGACGCGCUACUUUUAUGAGCUGUUGGCUGCCAAGUUGGGAGACCAUUUUCGGAUAGUCGACUGA